UCUCCUCAUGGUCAAACGCAGUGGGCUUUUCAUAAAUCCUCACUGCUGGUUUUGAUUCAGAGGGCUGGAAGGUGGUCCCUCCUCCUUCGGAUUUUCAGAUCACGAGAGUGGGAAAUGUCCUUUGUAGGCGGUCACUCAGUGUAACAUAACUGGGAGCUCUUAGCACUAAGGACUCUCCUCUCCCCGUCUUGAGGUCCGCUCAGCUCUUGUCUCCGUUCCUCGUAUAGCCUUCGUCCUUGACUAUACGCCCCAAGUCCCGCGUGGGGCGAGGAUUUUAGUAGGCCGGACGGGGCGGAAAUUCCUAGUCCAAGCUUGCCAGAAAACGAUGUCUGUUGGAGAGGAGGUUGUGGGACUGCUAGCCCGGUACUUGGUGCUCCCCAGGGAAAGGGGGUGGAAAUGCCUGAGGCGGGUCCGCGAGUGGAGUCUCCGCUUGUGACGGGCUUUCGAGAAAGGUCUUGUGGAACCAGCGUCUGCCCUUGGAGAAAAACGCCCGAGUAUGUCGAUCCUACGAACCGACCUGCUCCUUGGAACUUACAGAGGAAGGACGUUCACGUCCGCAGACUCUCCCAACAGCCGACACCGCCGCCAUCGCUGCUGUUUGUUUUCAUCCGCUCAGGGCAAGCUGAUUCUGUACCCACAACGGCACUUUCCGCAGAAACGAGAAACCAGCUCCCCGCGCCCCAUUUUCUAACCACCCCGCCCGCGGGUUAGGCAACAGCGGUUAGUAUUGACGGAACUCCCAGCUCCGAGGUCUCAGACAAAAACAAAACACAGCCUCGUGAGGAAUCUGCGUUUGGGAAUGCACAGCUCAGGAUUCGUGAGAGGGAUUAGAGCUCCGCCUCGCUAUCCGGGUACUGGGAAGGGACAUCGGGACUGGCUCCCUUUGCUCUAGAGGGGUGAGUAGAGAAAAGAAAGAUCAACCCAUCAUGGCUGUUCCCAUAGCAGUUCUUGAUUGUGAUCUCUUGCUAUAUGGUCGCGGACAUAGGACGCUUGAUCGCUUCAAGCUGGAGGAUGUCACUGAUGAGUAUCUGGUGUCUAUGUAUGGCUUCCCACGUCAAUUUAUUUAUUAUCUAGUGGAUCUUCUUGGUGCCAACCUCUCUCGUCCUACUCAGCGAUCCAGGGCCAUCAGCCCAGAGACACAAAUUCUUGCUGCAUUAGGUUUUUAUACUUCUGGCUCUUUCCAGACUCGCAUGGGGGAUGCGAUUGGCAUCAGCCAAGCCUCUAUGAGCCGUUGUGUUGCCAAUGUUACUGAGGCCCUGGUGGAGAGGGCCUCUCAGUUCAUUCGUUUCCCAGACGAUGAAGUGUCAGUGCAGCAUCUGAAAGAUGACUUUUAUGGGCUGGCAGGUAUGCCAGGGGUAUUAGGACUGGUUGAUUGCAACCAUGUAGCAAUAAAGGCACCCAAUGCUGAGGACUUGUCAUAUGUGAAUCAAAAGGGCCUUCAUUCUUUAAACUGCCUGAUGGUUUGUGAUGCCAGAGGAAUGCUACUGAGUGCAGAAACACACUGGCCAGGCAGCCUACAGGACUGCGCUGUGUUGCAGCAGUCAACCCUCAGGAACCAGUUUGAAGCUGGUAUGCACAAAGAUGGGUGGCUACUUGGUGAUAGUUCAUUCUAUCUUCGCACUUGGCUGAUGACACCUCUGCAUAUUCCUGCAACACCUGCAGAGUACCGAUAUAACAUGGCACAUUCAGCCACUCACAAUGUCAUUGAACGGACUUUCAGGACAAUUCAGUCCCACUUCCGUUGCCUGGAUGGUUCAAAGGGCACAUUGCAGUAUUCUCCAGAGAAAGCCAGCCACAUAAUUCUAGCUUGCUGUGUGCUUCAUAACAUUUCUCUAGAGCAUGGGCUAGAUGUGUGGGCUUCCCAAACAAUGGUACAGAUGGAACAGCCAGAGGAAGAAUAUGAACAUAUGGAAUCACUUGACUCUGAAGCCGAACAAGUUCGCCAGGAAUUAUUGCUCACUCACUUUAGCUAACAAUAAGACAUAAUAAGCUGGAUUUAAGAAACGACACAGGAACAAAUAUAAUAGAUCUUGAUUUUCUUAGUAAAUUCAGCAGAAAAAUAAAUGGGGAUGGGAUUGUUAUAGGGGGAAAAUAGUGCUGAAAUAGUAAUUUUGUGUUUGGUUAAUAUUUUGCAUCUAAUUUACUAUCUUGGUUUCAUUGUGCAGAAUGUAUUCAUCACUACAGUAGGGCCCCUCUUGUCGGCGCCCCGCUUUUUGGCAUUCCGCUAAUACGGCGGCACCAGCGGGGCGAUCAGCUGUAGUGCGGGGAGCUCCAGCCACCGUGCUCCAGAUGACAGCGAUCAGCUGAUCAGCUGUAGCACGCAAUCAGCUGUAGGGCAGGGAGCUUGCGCGCUACAGCUGAGUAGGGCCCCACUUUAUGGCGGUUUUCGCUUUUCGGCAGGGGCCUGGAACGGAACCUGCCGAAUGAGUGGUGCCCUGCUGUACUCAGUAUUUCAGUACAUGAUCAUUUAAAAUGUCCAGCCUUAUCGGAGAACUGUUUAUCAAGGAGAAAAGGAGAUCAGAGGGAUGCAUGCUCAGUAAAAUGUUAUAUUUUUAAGUAUUGCAAAAUGUAAUAAAAUGCAUUUUGCGUACAGUA